UGCUCAGGCAGUCCCUUGCCGACUCCACGUGUUUCCGCUGUGGCUGCGAGUGAACAUGGCGGCGGUGUCGAUAGAGCAUGUGUUGGCCCAGGCUGAGAAAGAUGAGGCGGAAAAGCUGAAACUGAUCACGGUGCAGAAAGAGCUGGACGUCCAGUUCGACCUGGGCAACAUGCUGGCCAUAGACCCGAACAUGCUGAACACCCGAGCUGUAAACCAGCAGAACCGAGAGCAGUUCCUGCGAUCCCUGGCCCGGGGCAACACGCAGCUCCUCAUUAACCAGAUGUGGAGCCUGCCCACCGAGCGGGUGGACGAGGCCGUAGUGGUGAAGCUUCCCGAUGCCACCACACGGUUGCCCAGGGAGAAACCGGUGCCCAAGGCCAAGGCUCCCACCCGCUGGGAAGAGUUCGCCAAACUUAAAGGCAUCCAGAAGAAGAAGAAGACCAACCUGGUGUGGGAUGAAGUGCAUAAGAAAUGGAAGAGGCGAUGGGGCUACCAGCGGGCAAAUGAUAACACGAAGGAGUGGCUGAUUGAGGUACCUGUCACCGCAGACCCCAACCAUGACCAGUUCAAGAAAAGGCUGGAUGCCAAGAAAGAGAGAGUAGCUAAGAACGAGCUGAACCGCCUGCGUAAUAUCGCCCGAGCCUCCAAGGGAGGAAAGGUGCCCGGCGUAGGGCUGACUCCUACCGAGCAACCCUCUAAAACGGAGCUAAGCAUGGCUAUGCAUGUGGCCAAGCGCUCUACCGCUUCCGCGGGUCGUUUCCAGGACAAGCUGCCGAAGGAGAAGGAGCAGAGGAACAUGGGCAAAAAGAGAAAGUUUCAGCCCCUCAUCGGGGACUUUUCUGCCGAGAAGAACAAGCAGCUGGAGAUCCUCAAGAUUAUGGACAGCAAGAAACCUACGAUGGAUAUCACCAAGGCUGUGAACAGACAGAUGAGGGAAGAAGACUCAGAGGCAGCUGCCAAGAGGCGAAAAUCUUUCAAUAAAGGCAGAGGGGGCAAGCAAGGGGCUAACAGGAAGGGCAAAGGGCCUGGUAAGGGGAAAGGACCUGGCAAAGGGAAAGGACCUGGCAAAAAAGGAAAGGCUCAUGGGGGUAAAUUCGCUGGAGGAAAAAGAAAAUAGGUUCUAAUAUGUUUACUUCCAAAGAGACUGUCUUUAUGGAACACAAUAACUGUGACCUAUACGUCCCUUUACAGUGAAGGGCACUUAUGAUAAAAUAUAUUGCCCACUGAGACUGUAUAGAAUUCUCACCUCUGUCGAAAUAAUUGUGUUAAAGGUUAGUCCAUGUUUUUUGAUGGACCCUCAAAGCCCUCAGCUCACAUGCCAUAGAUCUUCUUUAAGUGCCCUUCUGAUUAAGUAUAAUAGAACUCUAUUUGAAAGUAUAUUUUGUUCUAUUGAAGUUUGCCUGCCCUUAUACCUUGCCCAUAAUGAAAUAAUGUGUAUAAAACAUAAAGCAUAUGUAUUUUUUAUUCAAUUGUUUUGGAGGAAAACUGCACAACUACAAAAUACACGAAGUGCACAUCUAGGUGUCGGUAUAAUAUUAAAGAGGUUAUCUAAUUUUUGACUCAAGUGUUAUAUAUUUUUAAGUGUUAUGUAAAGAAUGAAUUCAGGUAAGGAGACUCUUUUUACACCAGGGUAAUGUGGUUCAGUUAGGGGCAUUACAUUCUGGCAGAGGCUAAUCAUAUCCACUAUUUUAUUUUUCCAGCAGCAGAUUGCAGUGCAAGUAAUUUACCCCCAAAUCAGAACAUCAUCUUAUUUUAACAACCCAUAGACUUGCUA